AUGGCCUUGUAUAAUUUUAAGAAAAUUACGGUCGUGCCAACUGCAAAGGACUUUAUUGAUAUAAUCUUAUCCAAAACACAACGUAAAACACCAACAGUUAUUCACAAGCAUUAUAAGAUCACAAGAAUACGCGCGUUUUACAUACGGAAAGUAAAGUUUACUCAACAAAACUUUCAUGACAAAUUGUCUCACAUUAUACAAGAAUUUCCCAAGUUGGAUGAUGUUCAUCCAUUUUAUGCCGACUUGAUGAAUGUUUUAUAUGAUAAGGAUCAUUAUAAGCUGGCUCUUGGACAGAUAAAUACUGCUAGGCAUUUGAUCGAUAAUGUAGCAAAAGAUUAUGUCCGACUGCUGAAAUAUGGAGAUUCUCUAUACCGAUGCAAACAAUUAAAGAAAGCUGCAUUGGGUCGAAUGGCCACUAUUAUGAAAAGACAAGCAGCCAAUUUGACAUAUUUGGAACAAGUCCGUCAGCAUUUGUCUCGAUUACCAAGUAUAGAUCCUUACACACGCACAAUAAUUAUAUGCGGAUUCCCAAAUGUUGGCAAAAGCAGUUUCAUCAAUAAAAUUACUCGUGCUGAUGUGGAAGUUCAACCAUAUGCUUUUACAACAAAAUCCUUGUAUGUGGGGCAUACUGACUAUAAAUAUUUGAGGUGGCAGGUGAUCGAUACACCUGGAAUAUUAGAUCACCCAUUAGAGGAAAGGAAUGUCAUAGAAAUGCAAGCAGUGACAGCUCUUGCACACUUAAGAGCCGCUGUGCUUUAUUUCUAUGAUUUGUCAGAACAAUGCGGUCAUUCUCUGGAAGAGCAGGUAAAACUAUUUGAGUCCAUAAAGCCUUUGUUCACAAACAAGCCUUUGAUAAUAGUAAUGAAUAAAAUGGAUAUCAUACGACUGGAAGAAUUAUCUCCAGAAAAGAGAAGUGUUCUGAAACCACUGGAAAAUGACAAGAACGUUCCAAUGUUGGAAAUGAGUACCAUCACAGAUUUCGGUGUGAUGGAAGUCAAAACAGAAGCCUGUGAACGGCUCUUAGCUUACAGAGUUGAUCAGAAGAUCAAAACUAAAAAGGUGGAGGGCCUUCUGAACAGAUUACAUGUCGCUCAACCAACAAAGAGGGACGAUAAAGUCCGUGCUCCAUGUAUACCAGAGAGCGUACUGAAGAAGAGGCAAGCUAUCGCGGGAAAAGCCGAGAGAAAGCGGAAACUUGAGAGAGAUAUCGAGGAAGAGAUGGGAGACGAUUACGUCCUCGAUCUGAAGAAAAAUUACGAUAUCGAGGGCGAUGAAAAAUACGACAUCAUACCAGAAAUAUGGGAGGGUCACAAUAUAGCGGAUUACAUAGAUUUAGAGAUAUUCGAAAAAUUGAAUCAAUUGGAAAAGGAAGAGCAGCUGAGGGGAGAGACCGGUAUGUAUGAUUACAAGAUACCCCAACUGUCCGAGACGAUGCACGAGAUCCAACAAUUGGCGAAACAGAUUCGGGAGAAAAAGGCCAUUAUGAAGGACGAAGCACGUAUAUUGAAGGCCUCCACGAAGCCUGUUAUGCCACGUACAGCUACAGCAAAGGUUCGCGAUCGGUCAGUCUCCAAGUUGAAGGAACAGAUGGAAGAAUUGGGCGUAGAUAUGGAAGAUACUGAAAACGCGCACUUCAAGCGAACGAGAGGACGGUCCAGAUCGCUCUCGCAACCCGCUAAGAAACGCAUGCGUUUGGAAUCAAUGUCGCAGUCGCGUGCUCGUAGCAGCUCGAAACCAGCGCGAGAUGAGAUGGGUGUUAAAAAUGAAGCGAUGAAAUCGAAAUUGACGAAGAUUGGACAAAAGGCACAAAAGAAGAAAAUAGCUAAGAAGGGUCUCAAGGGUGAAGCCGAUCGAUUUAUCGGUACGAAGAUGCCGAAACAUCUAUUUUCAGGCAAAAGGAAACUUGGCAAGACGAACAGAAGAUAAAUAUUAUUGUGCUUACAAUAAUAUUUGUAUAAAUUAUCGGUUAGAUAGCAGUAAAUCGUGUGUUAUUUUCUCGUUUAAUUACUUUUCUGGACAUUUAUCUUCUUUUACACAUCAUUUUGCAGUCCACGAAUAUUUAAAUAUAUAUCUUAGUAAUAUAAAUAUAUAUAAUUGUAUAGGAAAUAACAGCCAAAUAUA